GUUUCCUCUCUUCUUCCCACGUAAUGUCAUGUGCCGCGUGCGGCAAGGACGUGUGCUGGCUCCAUGCCUUACACGGCUGCUACAUGAUACAUCUACGUCCCAUGAACUGAUGCUAUGUCAUCAGCCGCAGUCAUCUUUGAGAGGCGGCCAGCCACCGAAUCCAUCCAUGAGUGUGCGAGUCCACACGAAAAAAACACACACACCACACACUCCUCUCGUCACCGUCACGUAUCUAUCGUCUCCAGCCGCCCACACCGCACCCGCCCCUCUUCCACAUCAGGAUGGCGGUGCCACCCCGAGUGUCUGAAACAGCGUCUGGAUCUGCUCUGGGAUCGACUGGCCUGUCCAAAACUCUGUCAGCAGACCCGUCGCCACGAAGAACAUCGCCGUCCUGAUGGGAUGUGCCACACACAUCAAACAUGCAGCUAUCCAACCGGCACGUACGUGCACAGGGUAUGUCUGUGUGAUGGUUCGGUUCGGUGGGUGACCUUCCGUUGAUGAGUUCGGCGCCCUUGCUCCACCCGGUGAGUCGCGCCUCCUCUAUCUCACGCUCCAGACGCUCAUUCUCCCAGUCACGGGACAAAGACUGAGGUAUUCAUCAACAAGGACAUCGGCACAAUGCACACUCCGGUGAGUGUGGUGACAAGUCGGUCUAUCUGUCUGUCUUUCUGUCUGUCUAUCUGUCUGUCGGUCUGUCUGUCUGUCUGUCUGUCUGUGUCUGACCUGCAGUUUUUCGUUUAUGGGUUGGGCGUCCUGGAUGAUGCUCUUACCGGGCGUCUGGUCGAUGGGGUAAAAGUCAGACAAACUGUCGCUUACAGACGCGCAGAACGAGUCGAAACCUGACCGCCCAGGCACACACCGCAUCCACCGAUACACACACUGUCAGUCACUCCAUGUCGGCCUGGUUUGUUUGUUUGGGCCGCCCUGCCACCGACCGUUGAAUGUGAGUUCAGCCACGGCGACCUCGAAGUUGUCUCGCGUCAGCUCGCCCUUCCACUUGGACAGCGCCUCCCACGCAUAAUGCACCACCGAACCGUCGAUGAACUCUCGACUGAUGUCGCCUGCACACACACACAAACGAGACACAUGACGCACCGCCACGUCCGCCUUGCGCAUUCUUAAGAUGGAUCACUGCGUCCAUCAAUCGUGCCUGUGAGCUGCUCCUUGUAUCUGUCGGUGGAGGGCGCGCUGUAGGGCAGGUCCGGCAGCCGCUCGACGAACUGGGUGAUGCCGAUGCGUGGCCUGUUCUCCAGCAGCCGAGCCGCCACACCCUCACCAGCAAGACGACCAUACACCUUCGCCAGCUCACGCGCCGAAGGCUGCACACACACACACACACACGCACGCACACACAGAAUCGACACAUAUGCUGAGGUGCAGAUGUGCAUUAUCCAUCAGAUUGAUUUUGCGCGUCAGAUCACUGCUGCGCACCUGGAAGGCGAGCAGCUGUGGAGCCCUUGAUGCUGGCCUCCUUGCUAAUGCGCUGAGUAGAGAGCUGGUGACCAGCGUCAGGAGCAGUGUUCUUGGAAUCAUUAAUGAUCUGCCAGAUCUGACGAGAGGAUCUGACGAGAGGAUCUGAUUCAGACAGUCAGC